AUGAAACGGCUCCAAAAUAUCUUCCACCUGAAACCAGCACAGCCCAGCUUCAUCCUCAGGUCCAGUCUCAACCCCAGUCACAGUCUGAGAGGCCCAGCCAAAGCCAUGUCAACAUUCACAAUCCCAGAUACAGACCUACGCGUCAACAGCAUCCCAGACCUAAGCCAGAAAGACUUACUCUCAUUCCCAGCCUUCAAAAUCUGGAUUGCGACACUCCAACAAUCCCUAGCCCGGCAACAACACCCCUCGCACGAAUUCCACAAUGAUCCAUAUGUGCUCCGUAAAAUCGACAUCCAAGCUGUCGACCGAUUCGGCGGGAACCGGCUAGGGUUCGUCAAAUUAAAGGCCGACGUAUCAAAUGGCCAGGGCGAGACUUUGCCAGGCAGUGUAUUUUUGCGGGGCGGGAGUGUUGGCAUGUUGCUAAUCCUCCAACCAAGUGACAUCCCGUCCACCUCAGCCUCCGACAAAGACAAAAAAACAAUCCUAACAGUCCAACCCCGAAUCCCAGCAGGAUCCCUCUCCUUCCCGGAAAUCCCGGCAGGAAUGCUAGACGACAGCGGGACCUUCGCUGGCAGCGCAGCAAAGGAAAUCCAAGAAGAAACCGGUCUCCUAGUCGAGCAGAGCGAGCUAAUUGACAUGACAGCGCUAGCUUUGCAGGCGGGCCAAGAACCCGAUUACGGGGAACGGCUGCAGCGCGCUGUUUAUCCUUCUGCUGGGGGCAGUGAUGAGUUUAUUCCGUUGUUUUUGUGUCAGAAGCAGAUGCCUCUGACGGAGAUUAAGGCGUUGCAGGGGAAGUUGACUGGAUUACGGGGGAAGGGGGAGAAGAUUACGCUUAAGGUUGUUGAGCUUGGGGAUUUGUGGAAGGAGGGGAUUAGGGAUGGGAAGACUUUGGCUGCUUGGGCGCUCUAUCAGGGGUUGAAGGGGGAGGGGAAGAUUUAGUUAGGGGUUUCUUGUCAUUUGGGUGAUUUGGUUUGUAAAUGUGGACGUGGUGUGCAUUGUAUG